AUGAAGCUCCUUACCGAUAAUUGCAUCAGCUAUCUUUCACCGGCCAAGUUCGUCACUCGAGAAGCGGAACUACGCUCCGAGAAACCGAGGAAGGAGCUGGACGUGCAAGCUUCAACACUGGUCGUGAGGGAUCGUGAUCCCGAUCAGUCAUGCGAUACUUCAACAGCACUAAGCCUUCAUCAUGCCAUGCACCGUCGAAGCCUUGCUCUUGACUUGAUCGGCGUAACCGACUACUUUCGGGUUCAGGGUUUCGUCGAUUUCCUUUUAGGCCACCUUCAUCAGGAGCCCAUUGCUGGUAGCCGUGCCACUUCCGUGCAACAGAUCCUGCAUGCGGAUCGAGCUGCCUGGAUGCGCUUGGCAGAGCUCACUCCCGAUGGGAUUCGUCGUGAUGCAGCCGGGGCUCUGCCACUUGAUAGUUUGUGGGCUCGCUUGGAGACCGACCCGAAGGUCAUUUUUCACCUCCUCCCGCGUGAAGGUGGUCCCCUCAAACGGGAUUACGACGAGUCAAAGCCUGAGCCCUCAGACACCCCGACCAAGAAGCAACGCAAAGGUGCUGGUAAGGGCAAGACCAAGACUUUGCGUGAGCCCAGCAAUCUCCCAGAGGAACUCAAGGGCCUGUCGUCCUGGACCAAAACCGGCAAUGCGCCGCUGCUGGGGUUUCAACAUGGCUAG